UCUGGUGAACGGUUCGUAACUUGAGGAAAACGGGCAAUGAGGAAUAUAGGCUCAGCUCACAGUUUCACGCUGACUUUCUGCUGGACUGGUGAUACUCUGUCAAUAAUAGCCUUUUAAGUAAUUACAGAGCACCUUGUGUAUUUUUGAGCCAUGCGGAGGGAUUCUUCUGUCACUAAAAUGUUGCCACUUAAAACUCACGAUACAAUCUCUGCAGUACAGACAGGCAGAUGAAAGAGGAUGUAGUAUGAAAUAAAAUUUAGAGGUGAAUAUAGGGAAACCAACACUCUGGGUGCAAAGGGCAAGGUGUAUCAGCGGUGAAAUGGAGUGCUAGCACAGCUGUAUUGUGUCUCUGUGAAAGGGUCGUUAGAGCAUCCCUCCUGAGUCUGACUGGGUUUUCGUUCUAUCUUUUUUCUGGGAUCUGUCUCCUAAUUUUUAACAAGUUCUCAUUGUGAGGGAAUUGGUUUGACCUGGGGGCUGAGCGAGGUACUCCUGCAAAACGCCUACUCGUGAUGAUUCCGCCAUCUGCAACAACCCCUGUCAGCGAUGCUGCGCUCUUGCCAAGUGUGGCUUCUCAGGAAAUCUGGAGGUCACAAGUUCCAGGCUAUUCUGGAUCAGUCACACGGCACAUAAGUCAUCGGGCCAACAACUUCAAGAGACAUCCGAAAAGGAGAAAACGCAUUCGUCCUUCGCCACCACCACCGCCAAAUACUCCAUGUCCUAUUGAUUUGAUUGACUUUGGGGAUCUCCAGCCUCAGAGGUCUUUCCUAGAACUCCUCUUUAAUGGGUGCAUUCUCUUUGGGCUCGAGUUCAGCUAUGCCAUGGAAACAGCCUAUGUUACUCCUGUGCUGCUUCAGAUGGGGCUUCCAGACCAACUGUAUGGAAUGGUGUGGUUCAUCAGCCCUAUAUUAGGAUUCUUGCUACAGCCUUUGCUGGGGGCCUGGAGUGACAGAUGCACAUCAAGAUUUGGGAGGAGAAGACCCUUCAUUCUGGUCUUAGCAGUAGGAGCAUUGCUUGGGCUCUCGCUUAUGUUGAACGGCAAAGAUAUAGGGAGUGCCUUGUCUGACACUGCAAAUAACCACAAAUGGGGGAUCAUUCUUACGGUCUGUGGUGUUGUCCUCAUGGACUUCAGCGCAGAUUCAGCAGACAAUCCCAGUCAUGCCUACAUGAUGGAUGUGUGCAGCCCAGUGGAUCAAGACAGGGGCCUCAACAUCCACGCUUUGUUAGCAGGUCUUGGAGGUGGCUUUGGUUAUGUUGUUGGAGGAAUACACUGGGAUAAAACCAGUUUUGGAAAAGCUGUGGGAGGGCAACUUCGCGUCAUCUAUAUCUUCACCUCAGUUAUACUGACUAUCACUACUGUGCUGACUCUAAUUAGCAUUCCAGAAAGACCCUUAAGGUCCUUUAGCAGGAAGAAAAAGGUGAUGAAGAGUCCAAGUCUUCCCCUCCCUCCUUCUCCACCUUUCUUCUUUGAGGAGGGUGUAAAUGAAAGCAUUGCUUCUCAUAACUCAGCUCAUUUAUAUUCAAGUUUUACGAGUCCCGUUUCCCCCCUCAGCCCACUCACGCCCAAAUACGGCAGUUUUGUCAGCAGAGACAAUUCCUUGACAGGAAUUAAUGAGUUUGCAUCAUCAUUUGGGACUUCAAAUAUUGACAGUGUGCUUAUAGACUGUUUUACAAGCGGGCACAGUAGUUAUUUAGCACUUCCAGCUAGCUUGCCCAGGCAGCCUAUCAGUGUCAGCUUCCCUCAUGUGCCUGAUGGCUGCUACCAAGGAGAAAACGGAGUUCUGGAGCAAGGGGAGAGCAGCAUAAUGCCAGGGCCUGACGGCGAGGCCCUAAGGGUGGGCUCACUGGAUGCGAUAAAGCCACGGUCGCCAGGGAUCCUGAAAAGACCUCAGACCUUGGCCAUUCCAGAUAUCGUAACGGGACACUGUCCAGAAAAUAGCAGACGAAGAAAUGUAACCUUCAGCCAACAGGUUGCUAAUAUCUUGCUGAAUGGUGUUAAGUAUGAGAGCGAGCUGAACGGAUCAGGCGAGUCCUCUGAGCAACCACUCUCCAUGAAACUUCUUUGUUCGACCAUCUGCCAGAUGCCCAAGGCUCUUCGUAACCUCUGCAUCAACCACUUCCUAGGAUGGCUGUCAUUUGAGGGGAUGUUACUCUUCUACACUGACUUCAUGGGAGAAGUAGUGUUUCGAGGGAAUCCAAAAGCGCCUCACAACUCAGAUGAGUAUCAGAAGUACAACGCUGGGGUCACCAUGGGCUGCUGGGGAAUGUGCAUCUAUGCAUUCAGUGCUGCUUUCUAUUCAGCUGCGCUGGAGAAGCUGGAGGAGCGGUUCAGCACACGGACGCUGUACUUUGUGGCAUAUUUGGCCUUCGGGCUGGGCACGGGGCUGUCCACGCUCUCCAGAAAUGUCUAUGUGGUGCUGUCACUGUGCGCUACCUACGGCAUCCUCUUCGCCACGCUCUGCACGCUGCCCUACUCCCUGCUCUGCGACUACUACCAGAGCCACGAGUUCAUAGGCUCGCAGGCGGAGGGCAUGCGGCGCGGGAUGGGCGUUGACAUCUCCCUGCUGAGCUGCCAGUACUUCCUGGCACAGAUCCUCGUGGCCCUGGCCAUGGGACCGCUGACGGCAGCUGUGGGCAGCGCCAGCGGCGCCAUGUACUUCGCCAGCCUGGUGUCCUUCCUGGGCUGUCUCUUCUCAUCCCUCUGCGUCACCUACGAGUCACCACCCACUGAGGAGCUGCCGCCCGCCGAGGAGCAGCGUCCGCUCUUGCCCCACACGCGGAAUGAAUAAACAGAAGCCGCCACAGCCUCUGCUGCCUCACUGCGUUGCCCUUGGUCUCCCCAUCAUGGUGCGAUGGGCUCACACACCCCUGGGAUGGCAGCAGUGGGCAUGGCAAAUGGCAAGAAGGUCUGUGCUGGCUUCACCAAGCUUUCCUCUGCCCAUGGGAGGGCAAGGGGUGAGUCGGUGGCGCCUGGCACCAGUCAUCAAUCCCCUGAGGUGUCAAGGGCCCUUCUGUGACCCUGGGGCUGCAGCAACAGGAAGCAGCGGUGUCAGUGUGGGGCUGUUCUCUCCAGCUGCCCCGUCGUUCCUUGGGGGAUGAGUGGCAUUGUCCGGCCUGAGGCAGGGGACCUGAAAGUCUGGUGCCUGGGCAGGGCGGUAGUGAGCUGCGGGCACCGCUACUGCAGGAGCGCUGGGGCUGCAGCACUCCGCCAGCUGCGUGGGCAGAAGGUGCCAUCUCAUGGCCAGGGAGAAAGCCCUGGUCCUCGGUCAUCGAGGUUAGUGGUGACUCUUGCGAGGCCUCAGGGAGCAGCAGGGCCAACCUGCAGGUCCCAGCCUCUGCCCAUGGUAGACCCGGCUCUGGAGAGUGCUUUUGACAACUUUGGAAAGGCUGAGAGUGACUGAUCUUGCUCAGGUGGUGUAAAGUGCUAUGGCCAGGCUCCUGGGUGUGCAGAGCUCCCACCGGCAGAAUUGCUCCACAGAGGCACUGUGGGGUGAAACCGCAGCGGCCUGGUUCCCAGACCUCACUCUGUAGGUUCUGGCUGUGGCCUACAGUGAUGGUUGCUAAUACGCAUGUAUUUCCUUCCACAUUAGACUUAACUAAGACUACAAGGGCUUGUGAUGAUUUAGCAGGAGGAUGGGUAGUUGUUCGUAACCCAGCUUUGGGGAGAAGGGUCUUUUUGCAUGAAUUGCCCUUGAGCAGAAGCUUACUCUCAAAGUUAGGUUGAGAAUUUAAUAAAAACAAUUUGUGUGAAAGCCUGCAGCGCAUCACCCAUGCUUUUCAUAAAGUUGUACCUUCUGAUGUUUUAAAAUCUGCAUGGUGAUUGGUGAUUAAGUACUUUUCAGCUAGAGCUGCAUCUUCUGGGUCUCACUGAAACUAGUAAAAGGGCUUUGGGUUUCAUUAUCUGAGAGAAUUAAUUAUUUUGAUUUUUGGAAGGUCAUAACUGUGUGAGAUCUCAUAGAAAUUCCAGUUAAGCCCAGGAGUCUUUUGAGAACCAAGAUGACAACUGAAAUCCAGUUAAAAUUAUUUCUGUGAUCCCUGUCAGCCUGCAUCUGUGUUUGGGUAGGCAGCCAAGGUUUACUGAGCCUGAUGGGCAUUUUGGUGUUUACGCGUGCUGUGCAUGGCAUUCUUGUAGAGGUUAUUUUUGCUCACCUGAUCCAGAAGGGUUUUCUCUGGAGCAUCAGUCCUUUUAAAUGAGUUGUACUUGACUGUUCACCUGUUUAUUCUGAUGCUUGAUCUAUGAUGCCAAGAUGAAAUAACUUGUUUAAUCUUUAGCCGUUGUGGCUUACUGUACUCCAGUGCUGCAAGCAUAAUGCACGACUUGUAAGAGCCUCUUGUUUUUAUCCUCUGUCCCUGAGUAUUACUUUUUUAAUUAUAAUUUGAGAAGCAAGUUUCAUGAGAUUCAGUAUUUACUUAAAUGGAGGAACGCUACUGAAGUUACAAAGUCAAGCCCUCAGAGGUAAAGGACCGUCACACUGAUGAGUCUAUUCAUCUUUCUUUUUUUCCUUUGGGCUUACGUAGUGUCAUAUCUGCAGGAGUAUCUGUGAUGUGCCGUUUCCUUAAUUACAGAACAGCUGUCUCCAAGAAUGGUCAGGAUUAAACUGAAACAAAAUAGCAUGAGAUACCGUACAUUUGGCGCUUCUUAUUUCUGACAAUCUAAAGACUUGACUUUGGAGAAUUUCUCUUUUCUUGUUGGUCUGCUGCGUAACCUUAAUUUCCCUUCCUUAUCGAACUUUUAAACUUAAAUAUUUUUUUUGGUCUCACUACCUAAUGCAGUACUAGUUCUUAAAAUGUUUUCUCCUCUUUUUAGCCAGCAUUACUGCACUAGAUGGAUCUUGAGCACGUUCUUUUUCUAGGUAGCUGGAGUUCCAGAUCAUUUUGUUGCAAGCAAGAAUCUUCAAAAGAUUCACAGAAUAGAUGAAAUCAAUGUGUUUGGUAAUGUUUGUCUCUGCUUCCAUCUGUAAAUAAUAUUAUGAAAUACAUUUAUGUAUAGUUACAAAACUAUUGCUAUGCCCAUAUGCAUUGUCCAAUAGAAUAUAUAUUACAUUUUCUAUCUUACGGGAUAUGGACUUUAUUUUGCGUAUGUAUUUAUGUAGUGUUUACAUACAUAGUACUUUGAAGUCAGCAUCAAUGUAUGUCAUUUUGGGGCUCUGGGCAAUACCGGUGGUGUCUGGAAAAAGCCCAGAGCAUGCCACCAUCACGCAGAGUUGGAAGUUACACCAAAUCCGUAGAAAUGAGGCACUGCUUACUUGCUUAUUCUCUUCCUUUGUCAUACAGCUUGUGUUUUACAAAAAUUACUGUAUGUGGUCACUGUUGAAAUGUGAACUGCAAAGUGAUGCUUACCUUUUGGAAUCCAAAUGCUUCAAAUAUUCUGUCUAAAUCCGCAAGCUGCUGUUUAGAAGUAAGAUGCAUGAGUUUAGGCAGGAAAGUGAUUUUAUGCUGCGCUGUAGUUUAAUCUCUUCAGCAGUGCCUAAAGGCUAAUUUUGAUUAAGUCUUUAUCAUUAAAAGUUGCUUGAUGGCAAUUAUUUGUGGAUGGUCAUAAAUGUAUUUAUAACACAUACGCAGAAGUAGGGAAAAUGGGGAGAAGGACGGAGAAAGCACCUAAUAAUUGUCUCGUGUUUCUAAUUAAGCUAGCUGUAACCAUUUCACUGUGUGUCUGCAGUUCACUUGACCUCUGCUGUGUCUCUCAAAAAAAGACAACUUACCGAUUUUUGGAAUUUCUGCUGUAUCUUUGAAUGAAGACAAUAAGUCUUUUCAAGAAUCAAAUCGAGUAAAAUUGCAUGACUAUAUACAGAAAAAAAGGAUAUUGGGAAUUAUUUGGAAAGAGUUGUCUAGACAAUUUAUUUCCUACUAACAAGUUGUUAGUCAUCUUGUACUCUGUAGAUUUUAUUAAAAAAAUAUUCUGUCUUUGGGUAAAAGGUGGCUUUCCUAAUGUAAUGUAUAUUCUCCCUCCCUCAGACUGAAAGACAGGGAGAGAUUUUUUAGAUGCCAUUACCAUAACAACGCUCAGUGAAUUGCUUUAAGUACAGUAAACAUCUUGAGAAUUCUAUGACUGCUGGAGCUGAAAUGCCAAGGGCGAUCUCCAGCAUCUGUUUAAUUUAUCUAAAUUGACAUUUUUCAUACUGCUGGUCGUUAAGACGUAAUGAUUCAUUUAGCCUAGCUUUUCUGCUGGGAAGGUUUUUGUUGAUGUGCACUAAUGAAAUGACUGCAGCCACUUUCCAUUGCAGUUCCUCUGGGCCAGGCUGCUGCUUCUAUAGCAGGGUCAGUGGAAGGGAAGGUGCUAGUGAGAGUGUGCCUUUGUUUAAUGUGGCAAAUUUCAGGCUGCAACACUCAAGACAACAGCAAAAGUUGUAGGGCAGCAGCAGGAGGACAGACUAGAGUUCUUUUACUAGAAUCCUUAGUUUUGUUGGUUUCGCUGUCCAUGCUGUCUCCUAAUGGUCUGAAGGUUCUGGGAAGGCAGUGUUCUACACUGUAUGAGUUCUUUGUGUUAAAAGCUGUGCCAACGUGCUCUCCCUCUCAUAUAUCCCGUGUGGAAAUGCUAAGUGCAUGGAAUAAUGAGAAUUUUUAGUGUAUGCAGCUUAUGCCUAAUGUCCCCACCGAGUGGUAUCCAAGGAGUUUUACUUUAGAUCUGAAAGGCAACAGCAUAGUCCAGUACCCAAGUAGCACUGAUAGUUAACAGUAAACAAAGGGGAGACUGCUUCAUCAGCUUGCCCAGCCUAUGGAAUACAGAAGUUUUCCUGCAGCAGGAAGAAAGCAGGCAACGAGUAAUGUUAAUCAGAUGAAUUCAGAUGUGAAGCAUGCACAGAGUAGGAGUCUGCAGACCGAGGAGCAGGCUGCAAUGGGGAUGAUGCAGUAUUCACCAUGUAUAUAAGCUGUAUGUCAGCUUUUUUGUUUUGUUUUUGCUUU